AUGCACCCUCUCAUAUUCACCAACGCUUUUGCAUCGGUCCAUAUCGGUGUCAAAGAAUGUUUUUGCGGCAAACCGACGGUGGAAGAUCAUGAAUUCUGCUUUUGCUCUCCUGCCUGUGCUCGCGCGGAUUCCUUGCGCACUCUAGUAGGUGGUCAAGGUGACUGCCAUUAUCGCAACGUCAUGCGGAAAGCAUGCGCCAACUCGGCCGCUCCAGAACAUGCGCUCACGAGGCACAAGUCGGAGCGCCAGCUUCGCAGUGUUUCGAUCGCGAGGCGUGUUUCCGUGUCGCAGCAGUCUCCACAUCCCCCCAAGCCAACGGAGACCCUCCCCACACUUGAAGAAGUCACGACUGCCGUUCUUAGUAGAGAAGACAGAUAUGAAUGCGGAGACACGUCUGUUCAUGGUCCCCGGCGACCCUUCGAGCCACGGAACAAAUCCGUUGACGCACAACAAUCUCCUCCGCCUCAGCAGACCCUCAAGCGCUCCGUACCCUCUAAAUCAGGGCUUAACAAGGAUUUUCGUAGUUCGAUCUUUUCGAUCUUCCGCAAAAAGAGUCAACAGACUGCCCCGCCGAGAGCGAAAAUUCGAAGAGAGUCAUCGGUAACUGGAGCCAUACUACAAGAAAUGGAAGAGGAAAACGAGGAAGAAGCUGCUUGGGAGAGACUUCUGGAUCGCAUGGAGGACAGCGCAAGGCCCCCUACCCUGGUUCACCACCAAGUCAGACAUACUACUGAUACACGCCGAUCACGUGUCAUUCGUCGCUCGGCUUCGUUCGCAGGCUUGAACAGCCAAGUUAAAAAUCGGAACGGCGAUAGGGGAUCUGUGAUGGAGGCAGUUUUCCAACUUCGUCAAGCGUGGAACGAGACGACAGACAUCACACCGGACUUUGAUGAGAGGUCGGAUGAGGAGUAUUAG